AUGCGAAAUGGCACCAUCCGCUUCUCCGCGCAUACCAAGGAGGCCCUAUGCCACAGCUGGGUCAACGUCCUGCUGGUCUUCGUACCGGUGGGUAUCGCCGUCAAGGCAGCCGGCCUCAGCCCGGCCAUUGUCUUUGCGAUGAACGCCGUGGCGAUUAUUCCCUUAGCCGGUCUACUGAGCCAUGCCACAGAGAGUGUGGCCAGCCGUCUGGGCGACACGAUCGGUGCCCUGAUUAACGUCACCUUUGGUAACGCCGUCGAACUGAUCAUCUUCAUCAUCGCGCUCGCAAAGAACCAAAUCCGCAUUGUCCAAGCUUCUCUGCUUGGCUCUAUCUUGGCAAACUUGCUGUUGAUUCUUGGCAUGGCCUUUCUCUUGGGUGGACUCCGUUUCCAGGAGCAGGUGUACAAUAACACUGUCACUCAAAUGAGCGCCGUUGUGCUCAGUCUGGCCGCCUCGUCUUUGCUCCUGCCAACAGCCUUCCACGCCUCGUUCAAUGACAGCGACAGAGCUGACCUGGAGACACUCAAGGUUAGCCGCGGUACAAGCGUGGUUCUCCUGCUCGUGUAUAUCCUCUACAUUAUCUUUCAGUUGAAAUCGCACGCCUACCUCUACGCCAGCGUUCCCCAACGCAUCAUCGAUGAGGAGUCGCACCCCGGUGUCUUGGCUGAAUUUCUGGACAGUUCCGACUCUUCGUCCAGUUCCAGCGACGAGUCUGACAACACCACGGCGUCUCGAUCUACUGCAAAGCGUAUCAGACAGGCGAUCAGCAACCGUCGCCGCCGCAAGUCUAGUACCAGCACGACUUCCAAGGGAACUGCCUCGCGGCAAUCCAUUAGGAAACAAGUAAUGAUCAACGAGACCCAGGGCUCCGUUGGAAACUCCAUCGGCAGCAACAACUCCGUCGCCAUGGCCGAUGAUGAAGUCCACUACGAUGCCGACAACGAUCUGAACAAUGCAUCGACUGAAUUCCGUUCUCGCGACUUCGGUCAGGCUCUCAGUCGUAGUGGUACUGCGCAAAGCGAACCCCCGAAACGCCAUCGCAAGAAGCACCGGUCCAAGCGAGCUGAGAAAGCCGCAGACAAAGCCCAGGCCCAAGCUCAGGCGCAGGUAAACCCGCAGAUGCAGGCAGCCAACGUUCAGGGAGCCCGUCCAUCGAUGACCGGCGCAGCGUCUUUUCCGAACUUCGCGGGCAUGAGUGGUGCCGGUGAGAACGAAGCACAGCGCAAAUGGUCUCCCUUCGGCCCAAUUCCUUCUCUGCUGUCGAACACGGUCUUCAGCUCGCAGUCCCCUGCCAACUCGCCGCAUCUCGGCCCCGGGGCGGGCCCCAAGCGUCCUGGAAUGGCUCGCAGUAACUCUCUGCCUGCCCGCGUUAGUCGUUCCCCGCAUGUCGGUAAUGCCGUGCAGUUCGCUAGAGGCGCUGCCCGGGUCACAGAAUCCCUGGACCCUGUCGCACCGGAUCAGCCUGCUCCUACCCAGGUGUCAGAGAUGUCGCGUACUGCCGCCGUCGUCAUGCUGUUGCUGUCCACCGGUCUCGUUGCUAUCUGUGCCGAAUUCCUGGUUGACGCUAUUCCCGAGAUGAUUGCCAGCUCGCCGGUCAGCGAGGCCUUCAUCGGUCUAAUUAUCUUGCCCAUUGUCGGCAACGCUGCCGAGCACGUGACGGCCGUCAGCGUUGCGAAGAAGAAUAAGAUGGAUUUGUCCAUUGGUGUCUCCGUCGGCAGCAGUAUUCAAAUUGCUGUCUUUGUCACGCCGCUUGUCGUCAUCCUGGGCUGGAUCAUGGACAAGGACAUGUCCUUAUACUUCACCCUGUUUGAAACCGUCUGUCUCUUCGUUGCUGUCUUCGUCGUGAACUUCCUGGUUCUCGACGGUAGGAGUAACUACCUUGAGGGCGCCCUUCUCAUGGCUGCGUACAUCAUCAUAGCGCUGGGCGCGUUCUUCUACCCCAAUGACCCUGAGGCCGGUCCCUUGGCCGGCACGUCGACUUAG